UUUUUAAAAUUAUUAAUUGUGGAUGUUGGUACAAGUAUCAAUAAAACUGUUCUCGAAACGCAAUCGGCUCAUAAAAGACGUAAGAAAAUAAGACUUCCGUCAAUAGAAGAUAUUAAAAAGUUGCAUACACAUUUGGCAAGAAAGAGAACUGAAGCUUAUGUAGCAUUAAAGGAAUCUUUUUCAUAUAAAAAAUGGAUUUCUUUAGCAGAAGUAACAUUAACUUCAAUGCACGUUUUUAAUAGACGACGAGCAGGAGAAAUGGAAAGAGCACAUAUCGAAGAUUUUAAAAACUAUGAAAGAGUAAAUAAAAAUAUGUACAGUGAUAUUUAUAAAUCAUUAUCCACGAACGAUAAAAAAAUUGCUGAAAAAUAUGUCCGAUUUUGUAUCAGAGGAAAAUUAGGACAUACAGUACCUGUUUUACUGUCAAACGAUCUUUUUGAUUGUGUUACUUUGAUUUUGAAAUAUCGUAAAGAAGCUAAUAUACCACAGAAAAAUCCUUAUAUUCUUGGAUUACCUAGUAUCAACAAAGACAGAUAUCGAUAUCUAAGAGCCUGUCUUUUAAUACGUAAAUUUGCACAAGAAUGUAACGCAAGUCAUUCAACUACUUUAUAUGGUACAACGUUACGAAAACAUAUAGCAACACAUUGCAUUCAACUCAAUCUCAAUGAUACUGAUGUUUCGGAUCUUGCCACAUUUAUGGGUCAUGCUGAUAAAAUACAUAGAGACCAUUAUAGGCAACCAAUAGCAAGCAGAGAUAUUCUUAAAAUUUCUCAAUAUUUAGAAGCUGUAUUAGAAGAAAAUGCACAAGAUACAAGUAACGAAUCGGCAUCGGACAGCGAUUCUGAAAAGGAAAAUAACUUAAACGAAGAGAACAAUAAUAAUAUAUAUAAUUCUGAUGAAAUAGAUGUAUCAUUGUGUAACAUGUCAAAGGAUUCCAUAAAUUGUUACAAGCAAACGGAUAAACAAGAUGGAAAGCGGAAACGCAGUACAUCUCCUUAUGAAAAAACAAAAAGAGUACGAUGGACAGAAGACGAGAAAGAAGCAGUGCUUCAUGCGUUUGCACAACAUAUGGAUAAUCAUACAUUGCCAUCUCUAAGAGAGAUUCAAGAAGUUAGGAAAAAAUAUAUUUCUCUUGCUCGUCGUACAUCGCCGCAAAUCAAAACGUGGCUGCAUAAUAAACAAAAAAACUUUCAAAAAUAGUGUAAGAUUUUAUAAUUUUAUACAAAACAUUUUAUUAUAACUCUUAUAUUAUGCUAUAUUGAUAUGUUGUAUUAGUUUAUUGAUUGUUUUUUAUCAUUUAUAAUAGCGUUAAAAAUUUAGAGAUUUAAUUUAAGUUUCAAAAUUUUGCGAAUUUAAUUGAAGCCAAAUAUGAUUGAUGUAUUAAAGUACUUUUAUUUUUCUGGAAUCAUAUAUGAAGCUUGCUUGUUUAUAACACUGGAAAUAAAAAAUAUCAAAUUCUGUAUUGUCAUAAAAAUGUUUGAAUAAAUCAAUAUU